AUGUUCCUCCUGCUGCUUCUGCUGCUCCCCAAUAUAGUGUCCCAAGGACAAAGUGCUAAAUGCACAACAAAUAAUCCUGUUCAUGUUCCACACGAGUGGUAUGAGCCAGGUGACCUGGUCAUUGGUGCAAUGGCAUCUCAUAUUGUUUACAUAGUCCCCAAAUUAUGCUUCAAGAAACACCCUUCCCAGGACUUCAUUGAGGCCCCACUGGUGCUGACAAAGUACUACCAGCAAAUCCUGGCCUUGGUGUUUGCUGUUGAUGAGAUCAACAAGAAUCCCAGGAUGUUGCCCAAUGUCUCUCUCGGCUUCCACAUCUAUGAUAGCUAUUAUGAUUCAAAGAUGACCUACCGAAACACUCUGGACCUGCUCUUUAAAUCACUUCACUUUGUUCCCAACUACAGGUGUGGCAUCCAGAAAAAUGUCAUAGGAGUCAUUGGGGGACUCAGCUCUGAUACCUCCUGGUGCAUGGCAAACGUCUUAGGUCUUUUCAAGAUUCCACAGAUUUCAUACGGUUCAUUUGAACCAGCCAUAAAUUAUGGAACCAAGUUCUCUUCCUUUUACCGCAUGGUCCCCAAUGAAGAUCUUCAGUUUCAGGGAAUUAUCCAGUUACUUCUGCAUUUCAGAUGGAAAUGGGUUGGGCUCAUGACUCCAGCUAAUGAAGCUGGGGAACGUUUCUUGCAGAACAUUGAGCCAAUGCUUUUCAAGAAUGGAAUCUGUUCAGCAUUCACAGAAAGAGUUAAACCCAAUAUAAAUUAUAACAGUAACUUAAUAGAAAUGGUGGACAUAAAGAUUUUGCUCCACUCAUUCCUGCAGAGAAUCUCAUUCAACAACAGUGCUGGGGGUGAAAUUACAUUAAAUGAAUAUGGAGAGUUAGCAGCUGGCUUUGAUAUUACCAACUUGGUCACUUUCCCAAAUAAUUCCUAUGUCAGGGUCAAAGUGGGAAGUUUGGAUCCACAGGCCCCUCCGGGCAAAGAGCUCACCAUUAAUGAAGACAGAAUCAAAUGGCACAGACGCUUCACUAAGGUGCCACCGCUUUCUCUAUGUAAUGCCAACUGCCAUCCUGGUUACGGGAAGAAAAAGAAGGAGGGGGAGAAGUUUUGCUGCUAUGAUUGUGAUCCAUGUCCAGAAGGAAUGAUUUCAAAUGAGAAAGACAUGGAAACAUGUGUCAGUUGCCCAGCAGAUCAGUAUCCAAACAGCGGCCAGGAUCUAUGCAUUCCUAAGAUUCCAAACUUCCUAGCCUUUGAUGAAACCUUGGCCAUUGUUUCAUCUUCCUCUGCACUUUUAUUCGCUCUAAUUACAAUUCUGGUGCUCAGCAUCUUCAUUAAGCAUCGCAAUACAGCCAUAGUCAAAGCCAACAACCGAAGCCUCACCUAUGGUCUCCUUAUCUCCCUCCUCUUGUGUUUCCUCUCUUCUUUGCUGUUUAUCGGAAAACCUAAUAUGGUGACUUGCCUUCUCCGACAAACUGCUUUUGGCAUUGUCUUCUCUGUGGUUCUCUCCAGCAUCUUAGCCAAAACCAUAUUGGUAGUUUUGGCAUUCAUGGCUACCAAACCAGGAUCCAAUAUGAGGAAAUGGGUAGGCAAAGAACUGGCUUAUUCCAUUGUCUUUUCAUGCUCCAUUGUUCAAGUAGGAAUCUGUGUCCUCUGGCUGGCAACCUCUCCCCCAUUCCCAGAUGUGGACAUGCACUCAAAGCCUGAAGAAAUCAUAUUUCUUUGUAAUGAAGGGUCAGUCUCCAUGUUCUAUUGUGUUUUGGGCUACAUGGGCUUCCUGGCCACUAUCAGCUUCACAGUGGCCUUCCUAGCCAGGAAGUUGCCUGACACUUUCAACGAAGCCAAGUUCAUCACCUUCAGCAUGCUGGUCUUCUGCAGUGUUUGGCUCUCCUUCAUUCCAACCUACCUGAGCACCAGAGGAAAAUACAUGGUGGCUGUGGAGAUCUUCUCCAUCUUUGCUUCUGGUGCUGGGUUACUGGCUUGCAUUUUCACCCCUAAAUGCUACAUUAUUGUGGUGAGGCCAGACCUGAACAACAAAGAGCAGCUAACACAAAGAAAGGUCUAA